AUGAAUUCCACAAAAUCAGAAAUUCACUUCAGCAUUUUAACGGACGAGGAACAAGAUGAGCAUUUGGUCAAACAUAACGCGAGUCAUUUCAUAAAGGCUUUUCAACAACUAAAUGAGCUUCGUCGAGAUGGCGCUUUCUGCGACGUCUGUCUUAUCACAUCCGAAUCACGGCGUAUUUCUGUGCAUAAAUUGGUGCUUGCUGCGACUAUUCCCUAUUUUCGAGCCAUGUUUUCUGUGGACAUGAUGGAAGCAUCGAGUCCAGAAAUUCAUCUAAGAGAGAUCAGCUUUGAAACGUUAAACCAAAUGGUAACCUAUGCGUAUACGGGCGAACUUCGAAUCACUGCAUCGAAUGUGGAAAAUGUCAUGCUCGUAGCUAACUAUUUAGGCUUAUGUGACAUUGUAACUGAAUGCGCUACAUUUCUCGCUCCUCGUCUUCACGUCUCAAACGUGCUUGCCAUUGAUGCAUUUUGCCGCACAAUUGGAUGUAAAUCGAUUCUCGAGAAUAUUCGCUCAUACAUAAAUAGCAAUUUUGUUGCCGUCACGCAGAGUCAUCCUUUUUUGGAACUUUCUCUAGAGGAAAUUCAAGAGAUUUUGAUCAGAGAUGAGCUUUAUGUGGGCAGCGAAGAGAAUGUAUUCCAUGCGGCAAUUCGAUGGAUUGAAUUUGAUCAAUUGGAAAGAAGGCAACAUAUUUCAAAACUCCUCAGAUGUGUGCGCCUUUCUCAACUUUCUCCGUCAGUUCUCUCAGACACUAUUGCUAACCAUUCCCUCGUAAAGAACGAUCUAGCUUGUCGAGAUCUUAUUGAUGACGCUAAAGACUAUCACUUAAUGCCCGAGAGACGAGCCUUUUUAAAAAGUCGACGCUUUCGAGCGCGUAGUUAUGAAGAUGCACCCGGGAUAAUCGUCGCCGUCGGCGGAUCUAAUCAAAAAGAAACCGCUCAAACAACAGUGGAAAUGUACGAUCCACGAGUGAAAUUCUGGCAACCAAUCAAACCGAUGGGAGUACUCAGAACUAGAGUCGGUGUCACAUGUCACAAUGGAAAACUUUACGCAAUUGGUGGCUAUGAUGGAAAAGAGCGGUUGAAACUUGUCGAAGUUUACAACUACGAGAAAAACGACUGGAGUACGUUGGCUCCGCUUUUCAUUCGAAGAUCAGCGCCAUCAGCAGCUUUUCUCAAUGGUUUACUGUAUGUUUGUGGUGGACAUGAUGGAUCAAACAGUCUCGACAACGUUGAGAUUUAUCAUCCCGAGAAAAACGAAUGGAUGCAUGGUCCUCCUAUGAACUGUUCAAGAAGUACUGCUGGCAUUGUAUCGCUUGAUGGAUAUUUAUAUGUAAUUGGUGGACAUGACGGGAUCACUAUUUUCAACACAGUCGAAAGAUAUUGCCCAGAAAAGAAAGAAUGGGAAAAGAUGCCACCAUUACUCAAUAAAAGAUGUCGACUUGGUGCAACCGUAUUAAACAGAAAAAUCUAUGUCUGUGGCGGUUAUGAUGGAUCAAAUUUUCUUAGCAGUGUUGAAGUAUUUGAUCCAGUGCGCAAUGAGUGGAGUCCAGUUACCCCAAUGAUGAUUAAAAGAAGCAAUCUCUCAACAACGGUUGUUGGAAAGCAGCUUUAUGCUGUCGCUGGAUCCGAUGGUAUCUCGAAUUUGUCUUCAGUGGAAAUGUACAGUGAAGAAACCGAUGAAUGGUCGCUCGUCUCACCGAUGAUCGCUCAUGAAGGAGGUAGAAUGGCUGGUGCUGGGGAAUCGGCUAAAGAUUUUCUCAUCCGCUGCAUGCAAUUUGAUUCAAGCACUGGAAAAGAGGGAGAGUACUGUACUUUUUUGGCGUCCGUGCUUAGAGCCGAUGGUUGGGAGGUUCUCGAGCAAUUCAUUGGAGAUAACGAUCGACGAAAUCUUCUUGCAACAAGAGGACCAAUUAAUGAAGUGAAAGUUUUAUUGAAUACUCAUCUUGAUCAAGUUCCUCCAUACAUUCCACCCACCGAAGAUGAGAUCAAUGUUUAUGGACGUGCGAGUAAUGAGACAAAGGGCCAACUAUCGGCUAUUGUUCUGGCAGCUAACCGCUUUGCAAAAGAAUAUCCAGAAUUAAGUCAUAAGGUUGGCCUCCUUUUCGUUGUUGGCGAAGAAGUCGACCAUAUCGGAAUGAUUAAAGCAAAUGAGCUUGAUAUUUCUCCCGAUUAUAUGAUUGUUGGAGAGCCGACAGAGAGCGCUUUUGCCUCGAUUCAGAAAGGAGUUCUUAAAGUUCACGUAAAGACUCAAGGAAAAGCUGGACAUUCUGGUUAUCCACAUACAGGCACUAGCGCCAUUCACAAACUUCUCGACGUUCUUCAUGAUAUUAUGCAUCACAACUGGCCAAAAAGCGAUGUUCAUGGAGACACAACUCUAAAUGUUGGACUGAUCAAUGGGGGACAUGCUUUGAAUGCAUGGGCAGAGAAGGCUCAAGCAAGCAUUUUCUUCAGAGUCACCACUUCUGUGAAUGAUGUGAAAAGUCAAUUGGAAAAGAUUGUCGGCGAAAGAGCUGACUUGGACUACAGUUUGGGUGGAAACGAUCCGGUCACUUUUGCUGAACCACCAUUUCCAGCAAAGCGUUUAGCUUGCUCGUUUAACACGGAUCUUCCAUAUUAUAAGAAAAAGGAUCAGUUGAAAGGUGCUUUCAUGUAUGGAGCUGGUUCAAUUACGAAUGCUUUCUCAGCUGAUGAGUUCAUUCCGAUCGAUGAUUUAAACAAAGCAUUGGAAACCUACUAUCGCCUUCUUGUGACUCUUCUUCAUAAA